AUGAAAUCUACAACCCCAUCGAUUGAAGAUCAGUACGUUUUGGCCAGUAUGGCCCGCUCUAAAUUGGCAAAAUGCGUCAGCGUCACUACUAGAAACAAGGACUACAACCUGAGGGUUUUAGUUGGUCAUGCAAACUUGCUCGACAAGAUAACAGAAAACGUGGAAGCUCAUAAUGCAGCAGUGAAUUCCCUCGCUGGAGACCCCUUCAGUAAAGGCCAUGAGAAUUUGUCCAUAGAACAUAUUGAAUUGUCCAAAGUAAGUAAGGGUACCAGCUGUGACGAGGAGAGUGACAGAAAGACAGUGUGCGACGAUUACUGUGAUUAUUACUCCAGUGACGAAGAUGUAGAUGCAGAUACUCUUUCUUCAACUGAUAGUGAAGAUGACGAGGAUUAUGAAGACUAUGACCUUGAAUACGAUUGUCCUUGCGGUGACUAUAACAAGAACGUCGAUACGUACUUUAGUUUUCACACCGCCCCCAAUUACCAAUAUUUGACCCACACAAACUCACAUUCUGAGCAAGGUAGUGAAUCUUCGGAAAGCACACCGCGUCACAAUGUUCGUUCAACUACUGUUUUGACGACGCGGGAAGGCCAGGGAUAUGAGGGCAAAACACAUGAUUCUACAGAUUUGAAUAGGUCAAUGCCAAUUUUCCGUGUACUGUCACUCCGCGCAAAUGGGCAAGAAGAUGGCAGUAGUGCUAGCGAAAACGAUAGUGCUAGCGAUGCCGAGGAUGGAUCCUUAUCAUUAACCAGAUUCCAUUCUUGUCCAAUAACAGCAUAA